UUUACGUCAUCAAAGCGAGCCAGAAACGGGUGAAAGGUGCUGUUCACAGUUCCAUAACUCGUUCAUGUACUGUCACCGUCAGAUAGAAAUAUGAGUCGGUUCGCGAUUUGGUCCAGGUUCGGUUCUGUGGGUCAGCAGCUGCUAUGUCUGCCCGCCAGGCGGACACUUCUUCACCGGCACCUGCAACCCCGCAGGAGCUUUAAAACUCACAGCAGAAGCCUGGCGUACGCCAAAGACCUGUUCCUGGGUCAAGUCAACAAAGCUGAGGUCUUCCCUUACCCAGAAAUCAGCAAUGAGGAGCUGGAGGAGCUGAAUCAGUUUGUUGCUCCAGUGGAGAAGUUCUUCAGUGAAGAGGUUGACUCAGCGUUGAUCGAUCGGGAAGCCCGGAUCCCCACGGAGACUCUGAAGGGCCUGAAGGAUCUGGGUCUGUUCGGCAUCAUGGUUCCGGAGGAGUACGGUGGUCUGGGGUUGUCCAACACCACGUACGCCCGUCUGAACGAGAUCAUCGCCUUAGACGGCUCCAUUGCCGUGACUCUGGCUGCUCAUCAAGCCAUCGGACUGAAGGGCAUCCUGUUGGCGGGAACCGAAGCUCAGAAGAAGAAGUAUCUACCCAAGCUGGCAUCAGGAGAACAUGUGGCGGCCUUCUGCCUGACAGAGCCUGGGAGUGGGAGUGAUGCAGCCUCCAUUCAGACUCGAGCUACUUUGUCUGAAGACGGAAAGCAUUACCUGAUCAACGGCUCCAAGUUCUGGAUCUCAAAUGGAGCGAUGGCAGAUAUCAUGACCGUGUUCGCUCGCACUGAGGUGGAGGUGGAUGGCGUGAAGAAAGAUAAAAUCUCAGCCUUCAUCGUUGAGAGGGCUUUUGGAGGCAUCACCAGCGGCAAACCGGAGGACAAGCUGGGCAUCCGGGGCUCCAACACUUGUGAGGUGUGCUUUGACAACGUGCCGGUGCCGGUGGAGAACGUGAUUGGUGAGAUUGGAGGAGGAUUCAAGAUCGCCAUGAACAUCCUGAACUCCGGCAGGUUCAGCAUGGGCAGCUCCUGCGCCGGAAUGAUCAAGAAGCUGAUUGAGAUGACCUCUGAGUACGCCGCCACCAGGAAGCAGUUCAACAAAAGCCUGAGUGAGUUCGGCAUGAUCCAGGAGAAGUUUGCCUUGAUGGCCAUGAAUGCCUUUGUGAUGGAGAGCAUGGCGUACCUGACUGCAGGAAUGAUGGACAGACCUGGACUUCCAGAUUGUUCUCUGGAGGCUGCUAUGGUCAAGGUGUUCAGCUCAGAGGGAGGCUGGAUCUGCGUCAGCGAGGCUCUGCAGGUCCUCGGAGGUCUGGGUUACACCAAGAACUACCCGUACGAGCGCUUCGUCAGGGACUGCCGCAUCCUGCCCAUCUUUGAGGGCACAAAUGAGAUCCUGAGGAUGUAUGUGGCCCUCACAGGGAUGCAGCACGCCGGCAAAGUCCUCACGGGGAAAAUCAAGGAGAUGAAGAAAGGAAACGUUGGAAUGGUCAUGAGCAUGCUGGGUAAAAAAAUGAAGACCUCCUUUGGAAGUUCCACGGACUAUGGUCUGACGGGGAAGGAUGGUGUGGUGCACCCCAGCCUGGAGGAAAGUGCAAAGAAGUUUGAGCAGAACGUCCACCUUUUCGGAUCAACAGUGGAGGGUCUGCUGUACCGAUACGGAAAGACCAUCGUGGAUGAGCAGCUCAUCCUAAAGAAAGUUGCAGACGUGAUGAUCAACCUGUACGCCAUGACCGCCGUCCUGUCCAGAGCCAGCCGCUCCAUCAGCAUCGGCCUCAGGAACCACGACCACGAGGUGCUGCUCGCAAACACUUUCUGCAACGACGCUUAUUUCAAAAACAACUACUGGAUGGUUCAGCUGCAGAAACACUCUCCAGAGAACAAUGAUGCCAACAUCAAGAAGAUCGCCCAGAACGUCCUGCAGAACAGAGCCUACAUCUGCUCCCACCCCCUGGAGAGGACGUUCUGAGGGUCCAGCUCUGCAGAGCUGCUGUUUCACUGCGUCUGCACCCAGAUGCUCUUCAUCAAUGACGGCUUCACUAUGAUUCAGAAGACGAGCUGUUUCUGAUCUGGGUAAGAGUUUGGGAUCAAGAGAAAGCCAUCAAUCUGACCUAAAAGUCCGUCACUUUUUCUGCCAUAACAUUGAACAAUUUGGAAAUAGAGCAGAUUUCUCAGAUACUGGACAGCUUUGAGUGACCUGAUGUUUGUAUAAGAAUGACUGAGCACCCCUCUUCUGUUGUACUUAUCAGAUUAAACAUGUAAUCUGAGCUCUGUCCAAUCCUGUCUAACAGAGCACUAGUGAGAAGAUGGAAAACUAAAAAUCCUAAAUAUUCAUACGCUCUGUGGAUGGAUUUAAUAUUGUAAUUUAAUGUGUGGUUGAUUGAUGUAACAUUAAAGAAUUGAUGCUUCUUUUACAUUUCA